CUUGCUUGGCGACCCGUCGCCAUUACUGCAAGUUCGUUGGAACGGGUAUUUUUUUUGGUCAAAAUCUUUAAAUUCACAGGUUUUCCAGCUUUCGGGAAACAUUUACCGCCUUUUAGCGGGCAUAUUGUUUUCCUGAACGAGUAAAAACCUUCAGUUCGGGGGUCUUGGCCCCGCGUGGCGAGCUUUCGUCCUCUCUUCCAACUGCCUCCAUAACUUGAGACGCCGAAAUCGUGUCUCUUAUUUUUUCUCGGGUUUGUUUUAUUGUCAAGAUGUCGCCGUGAUGGGGUCUCCGCGUUUGACAGAAAUGAAUCAGGGCCUUCGUCGCCUGACCCGCACUCACUGCAGCCCGCUUUCCUCUGUUUUCCUGUUUGAUGCUAGAGAGCUCGGCGGCUCUCUGCCCGGAGCUCGGCCUCAACACCACUCACUGCGCGAAGACCAGCAUGGAGAAAAACACCAACAGCAGCACCAGCAGCAAGGUUCCGCCCCGUUCCAGCUCCACAGGCCCGGCACCGGGCGAAUCUAAACCCAAAACAGAAAGUAAAAAUAAUGGAGGCUCCAAACGCUACAGCCGCAAGCGCGAGCCCUCCUUUCCUAAAGCCGACAGUUUCCCAGGCCCUCGCCGCACCAAUUCACAGAAAAGCAAGAAUUUUGACAAGAGACCCUCUCAGAGAGGUGGACGACAGUAUGGAGUUACAGGUGGAGGACGACGUGAGGAGGUAGCAGAGACGCGCCGGGCCGAGUUUAGCCCGGCUCAGUUUGCUGGACCGAAGAAAAUAAGCCUGAACCACCUGCUGAACUUCACCUUUGAACCACGUGGAGGUAGUGGUGGUGUCGGAGAUGGAGGCCACUCCUGCUGGGGCCGCCGAAACAAAUGGGGCCACAAGCACAAGCCCUUCAACAAGGAGCUUUUUCUGCAGGCCAACUGCCAGUUCGUGGUGACUGACGACCAGGACUACAAGGCUCACUUCACUGAUCCUGACACUCUGGUCAACUGGGACUGUGUGCAGCAAGUGCGCAUCUACAGUCACGAGGUGCCGUCUUGCCCCAUCUGCCUGUACCCUCCUUUGGCAGCCCGCAUCACCCAGUGCGGCCACAUCUUCUGCUGGCCGUGCAUGCUGCACUACCUGUCUCUUAGUGACAAGAGCUGGUCCAAGUGCCCCAUCUGCUAUGAGGCCGUUCAUACAGCUGACCUGAAGAGUGUGGUUGCUAUGGAGACCAGGCAGUACGUGGCUGGUGACGUCAUCACCAUGCGCCUGAUGCGGAGGGAAAAGGGGGCUCUGGUGGCCAUGCCGAGCUCUCAGUGGGUGAAGGUGGAGGAACCUGUUCGCUUUGGAGAUGCGAGUCUUAGCCCGUACUCCAAGCUGCUGCUGAUCUCCCCGGCCCAGGCCUUGAGCCUGGUGGCGGAGGAGAAGGCCGUCCUGCAGGCUCAGCUCAGCCAGGAAGAGGACGCCCACGGCUGCUUCAUCCAGAGCGCCCUUUGUCUUUUGCAGGAGGGAGAGGAAACGCUGCUGAAGCAGCAGAAGACAAACGCAGGCGACAGCCUCGACUUCUCCUCUCUGACUCUGGAAGAAGCUUCUUCUCCUGUGGAGGAAGUGGUUACUAACAUCAGCAGCACCAAGCCUGUGCUGCAGUACUCCUCUGCAUUUGAUGACGAGGUGGCGGAGGUCCCAGAGGACGCUGCUGCAGAGCUGCCCGGCUUCCCUGAUGGCAUUUUGGAGUGUGUGCUGGAGGAGCCUCCAGAGGCAGCCCCAGAGCUCCAGCCCGAUGAGGAGAGCCCUGCCAGCCAGGCCGAGGCAGGCCGCCCCUCAACCAGUGUGGUGCACGGACCCUACUACUAUUUCUACCAAGCUGACGACUGCCAGCAGAUGUUCCUGCAUCCUGUGAAUGUACGCUGUCUGCUGCGUGAGUACGGCAGCUUGGAGGCCAGUCCUGACUCCAUCACCGCCACCGUGGUGGAGACGGUGGGACACACAGUCACUGAGGAGAUCCGUCGUCGGCAUCGUUAUCUGGCUCAUCUGCCGCUCACAUGCGAGUUCAGCAUCUGCGAGUUGGCCCUGCAGCCGCCAAUCCUGUCCAAGGAAACGCUGGACACAUUCGCAGAUGACCUGGAGAAGAGGAAGCGGCUGAGGCAGAAGAAAAUGAGGGAUGAGAAACGCAGAGAGAAGCGAAUUGAAAUUGAAGAGAACAAGAAGCAGGGUAAAUAUCCUGAGGUGCAUAUUGGAUUAGAGAACCUUCAGCAUUUCCCAGCGUUCGGCUCUCCGCCUUACAACAGCAGCCCCCCAGUUCAGCCUGACUUCACAUUUGCCCCCCCUUCACCCCUCAGCAGCAGUCCUUCCUCCGAUGGGAUGAGAUUCCCAAGUCUGAACGGGCAAAGCACUUCACCCAUUGUGGGUAGUGUGGAGGACGACUCCCACUGUCUGUCCUUUGCACAGAUGCUAAGAGACGGGAAAGCCAGAGUCGAUGCUGGGCCCAGGAUCACCCCAAAGAAAGAUACGCUGCUCGCUCCCCCGGCAGCAGACAGCGACGGAGAGAGCGACGGCUCGGACCGGGUCCCUGUGCCCAGCUUCCAGAACUCCUUCAGCCAGGCCAUCGAGAAGGCGCUCCUGCAGCUGGACAGCGGUUCAGCUUCUCCUCCACGAGCUGUUGUGGAGCCAGAUGAGAAAGGAGGAAAGAAGAAGAAGAAGAAGCAGAAACUUCUGUUCAGCACAUCCAUGGUUCACACAAAGUAGACGACACUGAAGUUCAUGUCAUCAUAGUUUUUCUUGAGUUAAUCUUCCCACUGCUUGUUUUUACUUCCAUGCAGACCUUUCUUGGAACUAUUAGCUACAGCUGUAGGUGUAGUUCAUGCUGCUUUUAGUCAUUGUUCCAUGGGUUUAAUCCACCGUUUGGUUGGCAUCCAUCAGUUUGAUUUGCGUUUUGUUGUACUAUUAGAUCAAAGCUUUGCAGCAACCUCCUGUCACACUGAAAAGCCUUUUGAGUAGGAUUUUCUAUCGGCACUAAGUAAAGAAAAGAGUAUAACAAGCUUCUGGCUCUCAUUAUCUGUUUUCAUGGCUUCAGAUUCUUUACGUUUGUCACAGGUGGUUGCUGUAUUAAGAACGUUCCUGAAGUGGACCCUGAGUGUUUUCUCUGGGAUCCAUGAGUAACAUGGAUAAGAUGAUUCUGGGGUGCUUUGCAUUAGAGUAGCAGUCAGCCAGCUGCAGAGAUGUUGCACCUUCUGAUCUUUCCAGGAUACUCAGACAUUAACAAUCUGGACCUUCACAUUAAAACAGAUGGAAACAAUGAACAGAUUUUUCCCAGUACUUAUCACAGGUAACAUUUGGAGUAGUGCCUCGUCGCCCUUCUAGAGAAUAGAUUUUGGAGAUGGCUUCUUUGAGAUCUAUGCUCCAGUAUUUUGUAACAACAAUAUGAAUACAUAAUGUUGUAGUACCAUUGUGAGGAAGUGAAAACACAGUAUUGUAUUAAAGAGGUUAAAUCCAUUGGUGCAGCAGAACUUCAGUGUAUUGGUCAAACCAUAAAUGCACACCUCUCAUUCAGUUUCUCCUCUGUAUCAUCUUCAGUUGUAGAGUGUUUACUAACCUGUAACAUUACUCCCCCAGUUUAAUUUCAGUGUUUGAAGAUGUGUGAAGAAUCGCUGACCUUUAAGGAGUGCUUGUGAAGAAAAGGGGAUUGAAAAUGUGUUUUGUUGGAGGGUUCUUUAAUUCACCUUUAAUUUUGAGCAAGUAUAUAGACUAGUAAACAUAACUAGUCUGUUGAAAUGAAUAAACAAUUAUGCACAAUC